UGGGUGGCCCUGUCGCCCUGGUGACGGUCUCGCAGCUGCUUGCCUCAGCUGCCCUAGCCAGACCUUAAUCGCGAGAUACGCUGGAUCCUAGAGGCCUGGCCAUGGCCACCUCGGCAGGCACUUCGUCCUUCUCUGCAGGCCCAUCCUUCCCCGGCGUCGACGGGUUGGCUGAGACUGAGAAGAACUCAGGGGAGCCCGAGAACACCUAUAUUCUGAGGCCUAUUUUCCAGCAAAGGCGGGUAGCGAACGGGGAUGUGGCACAGGAACUUCGGGAGUGCUGGUUUGGGCAAAUGGGAUUUGACCGAUAUAAGAUGGUGGUACAGGUAGUGAUUGGAGAACAGAGAGGCGAAGGAGUUUUCAUGGCCGCGAGAUGCUUCUGGGACGCAGACACUGACAACUACACUCACGAUGUGUUCAUGAACGACAGUUUAUUCUGUGUGGUAGCAGCAUUUGGUUGUUUCUACUACUGAAUCUAAAAAACCUGUGAACAGAUAUUACCAUGAAGAAAUCUGAACUUUUAAAUACUGUUUAAUAUCUUAAUGAAAUAAAAGUGUUGGCAGUUUAGCAACUGA